GUCUCUGAUGAACAUCUUCUGCAUCGAAGAAUGUUCGAAUGUCAUUCUCAUCUUUCGAUCAGUGGAGGAAGGACGCAAAAUUUUAGUAGAUUUUAAAAAGUUUUGGAAAAUCUGAAAAAAAUGUAUCAAAUGUCGAGAAUAGGUCCCGGCCCAGCUGGUUACGGACUCCCUCCAACGGUGGGCUUUGACCAGCAUGAUGUUCGCAAGGAUCGCAAACCGAUGUUCAGCAUGCGCGAAAGACCUACAACCCGUUACGACACCAUCGGACCUGGUCCCGCUCACGACCCGGGCAAGAUGACUCGCAGUGGUCCACCACAUAAUCCGGCAUAUUCUCUUGCGAAACGCUUCUCGACAUUCAAACAGGACAACGUACCCGGACCGGGUGCCCACAACAACGAUAAGGUUCCGUCUAUGAAAGGAAAUCGCCUACCUGCGUAUUCCUUUGGUUUCCGCCUGAAAGAAGCCCCACGCGAUAAAAUUCCAGGUCCGGAUCAGUACGCGUACGAUCUGAACGUCUACAAGAAUCGCAACCCCCUGUAUAGCAUGCGGGACCGAACGACUUUACCGUAUGCGUCGGAAGGACCUGGACCGAACAAGUACGGCGAUCUGGAUCGAAACAUCACCCACAAGCGGUAUCCUCGGUACUCGAUGCGAAAGAUGUGCCCUAUUAUGGAGGACAAGUGCCCCAAACCGGGUCCGAAUAAGUACGGGUUGAUGGAGCUGAAACCGGGAGCGACGGCACCGCAAUACUCGUUCGGAGUUCGGCACUCGAUGUGGCGGCCCCCGAUGGUUAUUCCGGGGGAUAAUUGUUGAAUGUAAUAAAGGGAAGAACUGUAUUGGCGA